CUUAGAGGCCUUCGGGCCUUGAUGACCGCUUUAAAACUCCGGAUCAAGAAAGCAUUUAGAGAGAGAGCGGGGAUUUUUCCUUAGAGCAAAUUUCCCCCCAUUUUCCCUUCAACACACUUUGAGAGUGUGUUUGCAUGAAAGGACAUUUCGGUGGGAAAGCCGGUUUGUGCGAAAAGUUAAAGACAUUCAAUAGACAUAGGAAGAAAUAAAGUGACCAAGGAAGCCCCUUCGGGGUGCCUCGGAGAACCGCAACGAUCAGAGACUCUGUCGAGAGACAUAAAUUCUACUCUUUCCCUUGGGAAAAGAAACCCUUCAAGGAUUUCACUCUCUAGCUCAAGAGAAAGCGUGUGCAUAGGAAAUGGAGCAAUUUGAGCAACUUCUCACGUGCUGCGUGUGCCUGGACAGGUACAGGAAUCCGAAGCUGCUGCCAUGUCAGCACUCCUUCUGCAUGGAGCCGUGCAUGGAGGGCCUCGUGGACUACGUGAGGCGCCAGGUGAAGUGUCCAGAGUGCAGGGCGGAGCACAGAAUACCCUAUCAGGGUGUUCAGGCCUUCCCCACCAAUGUCACACUGCAGCGCUUCUUGGAGCUCCACAUCGAGAUCACAGGAGAGCUCCCGGAUCCCACAUCGGGACAAGUCAUGGAGAGAUGCAACGUCUGUUCGGAGAAGGCUUACUGUGCCGCAUGUGCUCACUGCGAGAAGAAGAUCUGCGAAGACUGCAAGAGUGCUCACAUGGACAUCCUCCGGCGAGAGAUCCUGAGAAUAAACAGCCAGGUGCGCCGUGGAAUAAAUCGCUUGCAAGAUGCUCUGGCGAUUGUGGAGAAGAACACCCUGAGUCUGCAGUCAAACUGCGUUAGUGUGUCAGAAGAGGUGGAUGAGAUUUACAGGCGUCUCAACAAAGCCCUGAAGGAUCGAUCAGAUCAUCUUCGCACGGAGAUUGAUCGCUACUUGGGCACAGAACUGCGCAAUUUGACGAAUCUCAGGGAGAAUCUCGACCUGGAGAUUGGAAACAUCCAGAGCAACUGCGACUUGGCGGACAAGUACAUCACAGAGUCCGUGGAGUGGGAUGACAACGAGCUGAUGGACACCAAAGAGAUCUUCCUUAAAACAGUGGAGUUCUUGAGGAACUUCGAAUAUGAAAAUGCCGACUACAGUCGACGAGUGAGAUUCCUCAUGGCCAUGGAUCCCAAUCAGUUGGUCAUUAAUGUGUCCACGUUUGGAGAUCUGAAUAUCGUACAGCCCACCACGUCCAGUCCCAGCGGAAUGCUUCAACCGCCGAAUGCGGGUCCUGGACUGAUGCGCAGCAAAUCGGACCACAGAUUAGCCACUCAGUUCCGGCAGCAGGAGGAGCAGCGAGGGCACGGAUACGACGAUGAGCCGCCACUCAGUGGACGGAAGUUUGGAGAGCGUCAUGCUGGACGCAAUGCAGAUCGCUAUGGUGGUGAUCGCUACGGGCGGGAUUAUGGAGGUGAUUACGAGUAUGAUGAGCCCUCUUCGCGACCGGGCAAAUCCAGAUUCCGGUCGCGCUUCGUGCGUAGCCACCAGGGUGACAAUGACUCAGACACGGAGCCCAGCCGCAGCGUGAGAUUCCACGAGAAGGAGAAGGAAAAGGAGCGUGAUCGCGUGAUUGACACUGAAGAUGUGGCCAGAGGCCAGUUGAGUGGAAUUAUAAGACUCACGGAUUCUCCGCGCGUGAUGAAGCGCAUCCAAGAGCAGAGCAGGGAGAAGAAGGAGCCCACUGUUCAGGUGGCUCCGGCUCUGCUGGCGCAACAAAAGACUGCGGCCGUGGCGAAGAAAACACCGGCGCCGGCGGGUCGUCAAGUGUCUGAGGAUGAUGAUAUUUCGAGGAUAAAGCGACAGAACAAGGGAGCCCCGUCCGGGGCCGCGGCCGCGGAGCCAGAGCGUCCGGCUGCUGAGCGCGUGACAGCGCUGAAGAGGACCACCGCCGGUACGGCGUCCGACGAUAGUGAUAGCUCGAGGAACUCAACAGCGAGAAAGACGCCUCCGCAAGUUGAGUCCACGAACUCAGGUGCCCCAAAAGCACCCACGCCGGCACCCAAGAAGACCACGAGAUCCGCCAGUAGUGACUCCAGCACGUCCACAGAUAGCUCGAGCAGUGCGACAGGACCGAGGAAUACUGGAGCCGCGUUCACCACGGAGGAGGUGAAGCAGAAGUACCUCCAGAGGAGCAGCAUUGAUGCCACGGCGGACGCCACGCCGCCCAGGACUCGUCCGUCCGAAACAACUUCCAGUCCCGCCACCACAACAACGGCCACUGGCGAAAAGAAGCCCUUUCAGAGCCGAUUUCUCCCCAACCACCAGUCCCCAAAGCCCAAGGAGGAGUCAGAGUCCAGCACAGAGGAGGAGACCAGCACCGAAGAAUCAGAGGAGGAGGAGGAAGAGGAAGAGGAGGAAGUGAAGCCGGCUGUAACGACUGCAGCGCCCACUUCUGUGGUCAGAACUCCUCCCAGAGAUACGGCAAUGAAGACGGAUAUUGGGCCGUUGCUGGCGCGGAGCUCACAGGCCAGGGAGACAGGAGAGUCGCGAAGAACUGCCCGGGAAGAGCCGAAGAGCUACACAGGAUCCACCAAUAGUUAUAGGAAUUACGAAAGGGACACUAGUCCGAAGUACGGCGCCGCGGGAAGCUCUGGAGUGAGAUCACGCGCAAGUGCAGCCCAUGCUGAGCCAGAGGAGCACUCAAGGUACGGCAGUGGAGCCUCCAGCGGAAGCAGCUACACAAGCCGCUUUCUAAACAAGAGCAAAAGCACGGCCGUUGUGCCGCCGGAUGAGGAUCGAGAUCUCAGCACAGCUGAGGACUCCGACAGCCGAUAUGGGAGCAGCGGACGGAGUCGCUAUUUGGCGCUCAAGGAGCGUCGAAAUCGUCUCGCCAGGAGUCGUUCUUCACACAAUUUUGGCAAUGAUGACGACGAUCUCGAUGAGCCACUGUCGCCCACCACGGCGUCCCCAUCUGCUUAUCUCGCUUCCAGAUAUGGAGCAUCAUCUUCUCUGGCCUCACAGUCAUCAGAUCUGUCCAGAAGCCGUUCGUCACAUGCCUUGAAAUCCCGCGAAAACUCCCCGGACAGGAGCACUGGUGGUGACAAGGAUGGUGCUGCCCUGAGUUCUUGGGCGCGCUACUUGAAGAAUAAGUACGGCAAUCGAUCUACAGCCAAGGACGCCCGUGAUCCUGGGCCGUCGUCCACAUCCAGUGUGGCCUCGUCGUCGGCAUCGAGACGCCUGAGUCUCGGACUGCCGCUGCGUCAGGCCAAUGAGCUGGCAAGUUCGGAUGAUGACUCAAAAAACGGGCUAGGCUCCCCUACCUCUCCUACGGUGGCAGCAGUCGGUAUAACAGGAGCAGCAGGUAUCCUAGACAGGUUCCCUAGGACGCAGUACCUGCAGAAGCGCCGACAGCUGUUCCAAUUGGGAGGCCGGGGGAGCGAGCCCGGUAGUUUCACGUGGCCACGCGGCAUCGCCGUGAGUCCGGACAAUAACAUCGUCGUGGCGGACUCAUCCAACCAUCGUGUCCAGAUCUUCGAUGCCAAUGGCAUCUUCAUGAAGGAGUUUGGCGAGUACGGCAACGCCGAGGGCGAGUUUGAUUGCCUGGCGGGUGUGGCAGUCAAUAGGAUCGGUCAGUACAUAAUCGCCGAUCGCUACAAUCAUCGCAUACAAGUGCUGGAUCCCGCGGGUCGCUUUCUGCGCGCCUUCGGAUCGCAAGGCACGACAGACGGGAAAUUCAACUAUCCCUGGGGCGUCACCACAGACGCCCUGGGCUUCAUCUACGUGUGCGACAAGGAAAAUCACAGAGUCCAGGUUUUCCAGUCUGAUGGCACUUUUGUGGGAAAGUUUGGCACUUGUGGCAGCAAAGAGGGACAACUGGAGCAUCCUCACUACAUCGCUGUGUCCAGCACGAAUCGUGUGAUCGUGUCGGACUCCAACAAUCAUCGCAUUCAGAUAUUCGACGUCAACGGACGCGUUCUGUCGACGUUCGGCAGCGAGGGUUGUGAAGAUGGCCAAUUUAAGUUCCCCAGAGGCGUUGCUGUUGAUGAUCAAGGGUACAUUUGUGUGGCGGAUUCUGGCAACAAUCGCAUUCAGAUCUUUACGCCGGAGGGCAGUUUCUUGCGCGCCUUCGGCUCAUGGGGCUCCGCAGAUUCGGAAUUCAAGGGGCUCGAGGGUGUGGCCAUCAUGUCGAAUGGAAAUAUUUUAGUGUGCGAUCGCGAGAACCACCGUGUCCAAGUGUUUUAGGUGAUUAAGGAGGGGAAAGAAAAAACCCUAUUGGCCACUCAUACUUACCAUCCUCUCUUCACUAAGAAUCGAGGGUUAUUCGCAUAUCUAACUAACAGCCCUAAAUUUAUAGAUUGUCGCGUGUGUUAACUCAUUAUUUCUCUCUUUUUCUCUUUGUUGAUUGACUCUCAAUUUAGUUGUCAUGAUUAAAUUGAUCAGUCGCUCGAUCGCAGUUUUUGCUCGAAAAAAAAAAAUUAUAAAAACGUUGAUUCUUAUUGUUGAGAAAAAAAAAUCUAUAGCAAUUUGUAUAAUUUCUUUGUAAUAAACCAUUUUUAUCAAUA